ACUUGCCCUAAAAUAUCCUCUUUGGUCUAUCCACUUUUUUGAAUCAGUCCUUUCCCCAUUCUUCAUUCAAUAUCUCUUCUAUAAAAAGAUGCUUCAUUUGUGGUUGUUUCAUCACCAAACAAGAUGGGAUCUUUCACUUUCUUCCUUUUCUUUGUGUGUAUUUUGUUUGUAACCUCUUACGCCCAACUCACUGAGAAUUUCUACGAACAAACUUGCCCUCGUUUACCUAACAUUGUCCGUCGUGAAGUCAAAAAAGCUAUCGAAACUGACAUCCGCGCCGGUGCUAAACUCAUUCGCUUCCAUUUCCACGAUUGUUUCGUCCAAGGGUGCGAUGGGUCUGUUUUGCUAGAGGAUCCUCCUGGCUUCGAGUCCGAGCUCAACGGACUUGGAAAUUUAGGAAUCCAAGGACUCGAGAUUGUCGACGCUAUCAAAGCAGCCGUCGAGAGAGAAUGCCCUGGCGUUGUCUCCUGUGCCGACAUCCUAGCUCAAGCCUCUAAAGACUCCGUCGACGUGCAAGGAGGACCCAGUUGGAGAGUUUUAUACGGAAGAAGAGAUAGCAGAACAGCCAAUAAAACAGGGGCUGAUGAACUCCCAAGCCCCUUCGAAGAUCUUCCCCCUCUCCAAAAGAAAUUCCGAGAUGUUGGGUUGAAUUCAACCGAUCUUGUGGCUCUAUCAGGGGCACAUACGUUCGGGCGGUCCAGAUGCUUGUUCUUCAGUGGUCGUUUCUCCAACUUCAGUGGCAGUGGGCAGCCAGAUCCGACGCUGGAUCCAACGUACAGGCAAGAACUUGAAAGAGCUUGUACAGGCCCAGAAACACGAGUAAAUUUCGAUCCAACAACACCGGAUACAUUUGAUAAAAAUUACUAUACCAAUCUUCUAGCCAAUAAAGGGCUGUUACAGAGCGACCAAGUUCUGUUUUCAACACAAGGGGCUGAAACAGUUGAAAUUGUUAGACGUAUGGCGUCGAGACAAGAAACUUUCUUUAGACAAUUUCGGUUGUCGAUGAUUAAGAUGGGGAACAUUAAACCAUUAACUGGAAACCAAGGGGAAAUUAGAAGAAACUGCAGGAGGGUUAAUGACUUGGGAGGUGAAACAGGGCAUGAUGUUAUGUAAUUUUUGUACUCUUCCCUUUUAUGUUUGUUUCUCUCUUCCAUCUCCUUUCUAUAAUAAAUUAGUUCCACUUCAAACCUCA